CACACUACGUAUAUACGUAGUAUUAGUGUAGGAUUAGUCGAUUAGAUAUCAUAAUAGUCUUCUCGGAAUCAAGGUUAGAGGGAUCAGCAGCUCUGAAUAGUCCUUUUCAUCUUCAAUGGGGAAGAAAUCGAAGGGCGUAAAAAAAGCUUUGAGGCUCAAGGCUGAUGAAUUUAACCACAACAAGGCAUUAAAUCUAUCGAUACCAACUUUAAAGACGAUAAAAUUUAAGAACACUAAUGAGUCUAAUGUUAGAAGAUCUGGCCGGCUUCAAAUGCAUACCUCACCAGUCGUUGCAAAACCUGUUGUUGAGGAAAUCGAUCUUACUGAUAAGAACACUGUGGAGGAAAUGAACACCGUAAAUGAAGAACAUGCAAGCAUUGAUCAACUUAUGGAUGAAAUUGAUAAAGGUGAUGGAAUACCCGAUGAGGAGAUUAACGCUAAUCCAACCGAAGAACUGAUAAGCACGAAAGAGAAAUUUGAGUUCCUUUACAAGACAGCAAAAGAAUUUGAAAACUCAAAGACAUUCAAACGACCCUCCUCAAGUGAAACUACUUAUGGGGAUCUCAACUACAGAAGCUUGUAUAUUGCCUCUCAACAAAAGAUUGAGGUGUUGACCGAGGAAAACUCUAAACUUGCCAAGAAAUUGGAAUUUGCUCUUGGGAAGAUUGAAGCUUACGAGAAGAUGAAUGGUAUCGUUGGAAAGCCGAAAGAUAUGAUGCUUCUUACAAAUCUAUCUCAAAUAAUGGCCGCUGCUGCAUCACCUAUCCUAGCUCUAAAGACACCUGGGGAAAACUGUGGCAGUGAUGGUCAACCUAGCUCUAAACCUUCUCCUCAACCAAAGGCUGGGCAAAAACAUGCACCAAGUUGUAGCAAAAGGAAAAAAAGUUCUUAAUUCUCAAGUUGUUGACUUGUAAUGAUUAACUCAACUGGCUAUUUCGUUGUUAGGAUAGUAAUGAUUGACUUAACUACCUUUUUGACGCCCUUAGUGUAAAGGGGUUCAUAUUUUGCAGUUUCUCGGUAGUUGAGAGAACAAUGGUAUGAUGCAGGAAACGUAAUACUCUGUAUAUAUAUGCAUUAAUGCAUGACUUGGAAAGAACUU